GUAAAAGGAUACGGGAUUUCCUUGUACGACAAUGCUGAAGAAACUGAUAUCAGUGAACGCGUGACUAGGUUUAUCGAGGGAAUCCCUGGGACAAAAAAGUUUACACGACCACAAGGAGUAACGAAAGCGCGAGAAGGGAGGGGCAAAGAAGAUAUAGAAGGCGAGACGCGAUGGUUGCACCGAAAGAUCGUUCAAUGCACCGUAUGCGUGCGCACGUAUCAGCUUUUUUCCAAAUUCCCCGCGAGCUCGGCGUUCGACACCCCUUUUGUCGCAUCCCGUUUGUAACUUGGUCGGAAAUUUAGUAACAGAUUGCAAACAUGUCCGUCUACUGUGCAAUAUUUCGGCUAAUAUUUGCAUUGGCCUGCAUAUUCACGAAACCAGUGUUCACCUACGUGCUACCGGAUCCAACUUUUGAAGUGUUAAUACCCCGAGGUCUUCGAGUUUCCAUACCUGACGCACCGGGCUUACGUAUAUUUGGUUUUCACGCCAACAUCAACAAGGAGAUUCGUUCUACGGAGUUCGGCGACAUAGCCGGUGACGUUUUUCUGGCGCGAAACGACCGCUGGACUUUCCAGAAUUCUGCAGCGAGGAUAUCAAAUGGAGAUGUAAUUAAUUAUUGGAUUUAUGCGCAAGUGAACGGGGAGAACUACAAGAAGGAAGACCAGACGUGGACGUACAACCAGCGUGCCAACCAGGAGUCCAUGUCAAACAUUGAAAGUCACUUGGCGGCAAAUCAAAUGUCAACCGAUGGUCAAUUGAUAUUUGAAGAUAAUUUCGAUACCUUCAACGAAUCAUUGUGGAGUCGCGAGUUAAAAAUGCCAUUAAGUCCGGACUAUGAGUUCUGCGUGUAUCACAACCAAAAUCAUCAAAUGCUCGUGCAAAUCAACGACGGUCAACUUCUCUUAACGCCCAUUAUACUGGAGGAUUAUUACGGCGAGAAUGCGACCGCCUACGGGAAAUUGCAACUUAACGGGUGUACCAGCAACGUUCCCAUGGAAUGCUCGCGGCGAGCGGUAUCCUUCAGCAUCCUGCCGCCCGUAAUAUCCGUGCGUCUCACUACGAGGCAUUUCUUUAGCUUCCGAUAUGGAAAAAUCGAAAUACGCGCCAAGUUUCCACAGGGCGACUGGUUGUACCCAGAGAUGUGGCUCGAGCCGAAAUAUAUGACGUAUGGACCGAACUACGCAAGCGGCCGUGUUCUUCUGGGUCAGACGCGCGGUAACGAGAACCUGGUGAACGCCACGGAUCCCUCGAUAAUUUACGACAGCAGACGACUAGACUUUGGCGUGAGAAUGGGCAUGUCGCCGAGCAUCCAGGAAAGACUCGUCUCGAAGAUCCUCGAGUCCGGACCAAAAUGGACGCAGAAUUUCCACGUAUACACGACUGUCUGGAACAACAAUGGAUUCAGGUUUCUGGUGGACGGCGAAGAAAUUGGCCAUGUAGGACCUAGCCUGCUAGGAUGGGUGCCGGGUGCUUACAACGGCAAAAAAAGAACUGCCCCGUUCGAUCAAGAGUUCUACAUCACUCUGGGCGUCGGGGCGGGCGGGGUGCGGGUGUUCCCGGACGGUACGAAGAGUGCAGAAUAUCCAAAGCCAUGGAGCAACAAGAACCCUAAGGCAAUGCUGCAUUUUUGGAACGCCCGGAAUCAGUGGCUGCCGAGUUGGACGCGGGACGGCGGCAAGAAGAUUAGCUUUGCGAUAGAUUACAUCAGGGUGUGGUCCUUCUGAACGGUUCUACGUUGAUGUUCACCAUUCACUCUUUGCUUUUUUUUUUUCUUGUCAUUCAUAUCACCGCCUUUUUAUUGUUAUUUUUAUAACGGUAGGGUUCCCUUUCGCAUGACGGCUACGCUAUUCGACGCCCGCCGUCGAUAUAA